AUGUCUAAGUCAGGAGGACUUUUCUUAAUUAAUGUUAUAAGCCCUGAAGGAAUAAUUAUGAAUUUUAAUGUAACAUUAGAUAUGACUAUUAAUCAAAUCAAAAACAUUGUAAUAAAACAUUUCUAUAGUGAUGAUAUAUCAAAAAAUCCAGUCAACUUCCGUUUAGUUCAUUUAUCCAAAUUUAAAUGGCUUAUAGAUGAUUAUAGUAUAACUGAUGAAAAAAUUAACGAAAAUGAUGAAUUAAUGUUAAUAAACAUUCGUCCUAUAUCUAUACAUGAAGAUUUGUCUGAAGAAGCUUUGAAAGGUCCAAACAAAGAAGUAAUAUUACAAGUAACAAAAGAUUUACCCAUAUGUAAUCCACCUAAACAUAUUCCAUCUCUUUAUUGUCCUGCAGAUUUUCAGAAUGAAAUACGAAAAAUUUUAAUAACACUUGUAAAAGCAUCAGCAAGAAUUGUACUAUACAGUCCAGAAGCACAAAAAUUUUAUAAUAUCUUAAAAGAAAAGUUAGAAGCAAGAUGUGAACCAAAUAUUAAUCCAAAUACUGUAAAAACUCUUACAGACAUGGGUUAUUCUGAAAAAAAAGUCCUAAGAGUGCUUCAUUUAAAAAGAUUAAAUAUAAUGGAAGCAUUGGAAUGGCUAACAGAACAUCAGAAUGAUUCUGAAGACGAUGAUGAUGAUGAUUACUUAGAUUCUGUAUCUAUUGAGAAAGGAUGUCAAAGCACGGAGAAAGAAGCAAAUUUACUCAGCUUAGUAGAUUGUUUGCUAAAAAGUUAUCAUCACUAUAGGAAAAUGGACUUCAAACCAAAUUCUAAAGCAGUACAAUUAUUAUUAGAAAUGGGAUUUAAAAAAAACAACAUUACUGAGGCAUUAAAAAUUACUGGAAACAAUCAAAUUAAUGCUUGUGAAUGGUUACUUGGAGAAAGGAGACAUAGCCUGCAAGAUUUAGAUAAAGAACUAGAUUCAGAUAAUCCAAUUUAUAAAGCAAUCAUGAAUGAUCCACGCAUUCAACUUAAUCUUACAAAUCCUAAUAUGUUACUUGAAACACCAGUAUCUAUAAGUGAACGAAUAAGGGAUCUUGAAAUAGGACCAGUACUUGAUCACAUUAUUGCAACAUAUCAUGCUGAGAAACAUGCAAUUCAUAUGAAUCAAUAUGGAAUUGAUCUAUAA